AUGAUGAUGAUGACGAUGGAGGGAAUGAUGGAUAAAGGAGUACUGGAGGAUAUCAUAAGGAGGCUGUUGGAAGGAAAAGGAGGGAAGCAGGUUCAGCUAUCGGAGUCGGAGAUCCGUCAAUUGUGCGUUAAUGCUCGCCAGAUUUUCCUCUCCCAACCUAAUUUGGUCGAGAUCAAAGCUCCAAUUCGCAUCUGCGGUGACAUACAUGGACAAUACCAAGACCUUCUGAGGCUAUUCGAAUAUGGAGGGUACCCUCCUUCUGCAAACUACCUCUUUCUAGGAGACUACGUCGAUCGAGGGAAGCAAAGUUUGGAGACCAUAUGCCUCCUCCUUGCCUACAAAAUCAGAUACCCUGACAAAGUCCACCUAUUGAGAGGCAACCACGAGGACGCAAAGAUAAACCGGAUAUAUGGUUUUUACGAUGAAUGCAAGAGGAGAUUUAACGUCCGACUCUGGAAAAUAUUCACCGACUGCUUCAACUCUUUGCCCGUGGCAGCUCUCAUUGACGAGAAAAUACUCUGCAUGCAUGGAGGGUUAUCGCCUGACUUGGAGAAUUUGGAUCAGAUAAGAGAGAUUGAGAGGCCAACCGAGAUUCCAGAUAGCGGUCUUCUUUGCGAUUUGCUUUGGUCUGAUCCACAUCCAACGAAUGAAGGGUGGGGGGAUAGUGAUCGAGGGGUUUCGUGCACGUUUGGAGCUGAUAGAGUUGCUGAUUUUCUUGAUAAGAAUGAUCUUGAUCUUAUAUGUAGAGGACAUCAGGUUGUGGAAGAUGGGUACGAGUUCUUUGCUCAGCGGCGAUUGGUUACGAUCUUCUCUGCUCCUAACUAUGGUGGGGAGUUUGACAAUGCGGGUGCUCUAUUGAGCGUCGACGAAUCCCUGGUUUGUUCCUUUGAGAUACUAAAACCAGCUUUAUCAGCAAGCAGCAGUUCAAAGCCCCUUAAGAAGCCUCCUAAAACUAGUUAA